AUGGUGAGUAAGGAGGAUGCCUCCGCUACUUCACGGCCUCCGGCCCAGCUUUCAAGCUCUCGGAAGAUGUUCUGGCGCUCAGCAUCAUGGUCUGCUUCACGGACCACCCCUCACAACCCUGAGACUGAGGAAAAAGACCUAGCAGAUCCAAAUGCCACUGUAGGAAACAGUGUCCAAAACCACCGUAGGUUUCCCGUGCCUUUAACCCCUCGGUCCCAGCAGAAUAGCAAGGCUAGGUCUUGUUUGCCCCCCUUGCAAUUACCUCUCGCUCGACGUAGCUUAGAUGAGUGGCCCAAGGCGGGUUCGGACGAUAUUGGUGAGUGGCCACAACCUCCUACCCCAAGUGGAAGAGGUGGUGGGGAGAGGUUGAAGCUUGAUUUAUCAACAAUUCAGCGAAACCCAGAAAAGAAUGGUGGGCUUGUGAGGAGGGAUAAGAUUGCUUUCUUUGAUAAAGAGUGUUCCAAAGUGGCCGAACACAUUUAUCUUGGCGGAGAUGCGGUUGCAAGGGAUAGGGACAUACUUAAGCAGAAUGGGAUUACACAUGUUCUAAAUUGCGUGGGUUUUGUUUGUCCCGAGUAUUUCAAGGCGGAUUUUGUGUAUAGAACUCUAUGGUUGCAGGACAGUCCAACCGAGGACAUUACUAGUAUCUUAUAUGAUGUUUUUGAUUACUUUGAAGAUGUUAGGGAACAAGGUGGAAGAGUUUUUGUUCAUUGUUGUCAAGGGGUAUCUCGGUCCACCUCAUUGGUGAUUGCGUAUCUUAUGUGGAGAGAAGGACAGAGUUUUGAUGAUGCAUUUCAGUAUGUGAAAGCAGCAAGAGGCAUUGCUGAUCCGAAUAUGGGUUUCGCUUGUCAGUUGUUACAGUGCCAAAAGAGGGUCCAUGCUUUUCCUCUUAGCCCGAGUUCACUAUUGAGGAUGUACAGAAUUGCCCCACAUUCACCGUAUGAUCCUUUGCAUCUUGUCCCAAAAAUGUUGAAUGAUCCAUCACCUUCUGCUCUGGAUUCUAGAGGUGCAUUUAUUGUUCAUAUACCAUCUGCCAUAUAUGUUUGGAUUGGUAAGAAUUGUGAGGCCAUCAUGGAAAGGGAUGCAAGAGGGGCUGUUUGUCAGAUUGUUCGGUAUGAGAGAGUGCAAGGUCCAAUAACUAUAAUCAAGGAAGGGGAAGAACCAGCUUACUUUUGGGAUGCUUUCUCAAACAUUUUGCCAUUGAUGGAUAAGUCUGGCAAUGGAGGGGAGGUUGGGGAAUCAACAGUUAAGAUUCGUCCAGGUGAAAGGAAAACAGACGGAUAUAAUGUUGAUUUUGAAAUUUUCCAGAAAGCUAUUAGUGGGGGUUUUGUACCUCCAUUUGCAUCCUCCGAGAAUGAACACGAAACCCAUCUUCCUGCUAGAGAGAGUAGCUGGAGUAUGCUCAGGCGUAAGUUUGCCUCUGGCAAUAUGAAGGAGUUUGUCUUAGCUCCCAGGAUAUCCCUCUCCAGGGUCUAUUCAGAUUCUAUGAUGUUAGUUCAUACAGCAAAAAAUAAUUCAUCAGCAUCGUCUUCAUCUUCAUCGUCCUCUUCUUCUUCACCUCUAUAUCUAUCACCAGAUUCCAUAUCUUCUGAAUCAAGCACUAGUUCGAAGUACUUUUCAGAAUCCUCUAUGGAUUCACCAUCUGCAGCUUCAUGCUCUCUUCCAGUCUCUUCAACAUUGUCAAAUGAUUCUGACGUGUCUCUCCUCUCAUCUAAAUCUUCUGAUCAACCCAUGUCUAACAGUCCAGAAAACGUUGUUUCCAAUUGUAGUUCACAGUCCUAUUCCCGAUCAACCUCAUUACCAUCUAAAAAGUUAUCUUCGCUUGCAGAGCGCAGAGGUAGUUUGUCUCUCAAGUUGCCUGUGAUGAGUGAUAAGAUGAGGCUGAUGAGUACUUCCUCAAAAUUUCUUUCCACUAAAGAAGAUGGUGUUAGGAUAAAUGACAGUACUUGUUCUGUAGGUCACAUAGAUGAUAUUGACAAGGUAUUAGAGCCAAAGGAUGGUGUUCAAAAUGGAGGGGAAGAUUCAAGACAACAGUGCAACAUAUGCCAGAAGGAACCUUCUUUUAUCAAACAUUCUGCUGAACCUUGGAAAAGUUGCCCUUUGGAAGAAGGUGCAGGAUCCUCUGCCUCAAAGGAGACUGGGGAAAGUUGUCCAGCACAAUGUAAUUUUAUGCAACCUUUUGUAUGCCGCUGGCCCAGUUUAGAGAAGAUUGCUACAUUUGGCGUGAGGGAACUAGAUUCUAAAUCUGCUUUCAUUAUUUACUCACCAAAUACAGGUGUUGGAAAAAGUGAAGACAGUGUUUUGUAUCUUUGGGUAGGAAGAUUUUUUCACUGUGGUAAUUUUCCGAUUCAAUUAGAUAGUGGCAGAGAGAGAACUGAUGUAGAAGAGACUGACUGGGAUCAAGUUAGCUGUGAUGUCCUUAUCCAAAUGGGUAUGCCAAAGGACACAAUAAUUAAGGGCUCGGUUACUGGGGCUUCUUGUAAAUUUAGUCUGUUUGCUGUAAGGUUUCUGUUACUAACUUCUAUAUUCAUUCCUACUAUUUUGCAUCUCAAGGGAUUUGACUUGUGA